AUGAGUGACUCACCGGCCGCUCCAGGAACUCCAUCUGGCUCCGGGGAAAGCUCUCCAGAGGACGAUUACAUUGGCAGUAACGAAAAGUCGCCAGAGCCAGAGCUCGGAAAAAAGGCAGAUGUAUCUCGGAAAAAUAGCAAAGAAAAGGUAGAACUCCAGUGCCUUGCCCAAUUGGGUCAUGACAAUUCAAUCGCCGAUCCUCAACCCAUUGGUGUAGGCAGAUCAACUUCGAGACCCCUUGGACCCUAUUGCAAACACAUCAAAUAUGAAGAAAAAGCAAAAGCGCGAGAAACGAAAGAAACACAAGACAUCGAAGACGACCAAAUCGAGAAAAAGAGAGCGCUCAAAGAGGAGUCCAAGCAGCAGCAGUGUCAGCACUUCAAGUUCAUCUCUUCUCCAUCAUCAAAGCCGACUAAAAAACGAAGCAGAGAUUUCCCUCCGAAGCCAAAUGAUGCAGAUAGCACCGUUCCCCUAGACUGUUUGCUUCACAAGCGAAAUCUUUUGGCGGAGAUAGCCGUGAAUUGUUUGGAUGCAGGCAAGCUCGCAAGCAUGAUUCCAUUUUGUCUGAUUGAUCGGACGAAAGAAGAACUUAUUCAAAAAGUGACUGAAGAAUUGGAGGUAAUGUCCAAGAAGCGGAUUUUGGCAGCGCUUGAAGGAAAAGAGGCAUCGAGUAGUAGUGAAUCGGAAGAAUCGGAACAAGAGUUCAAACCUGAAGAGAAGGGACAAAGCCAUUCACCGGAAGUAAACACGCCCAAAACGCACGAUUCUAAUGAUAGAGUGUCAUUAACUGAAGAGGCGACUCCUCCGCAAUGUCCAUUGGAAGAGGGGGAAAUCAUUGAUGGUGCCGAU